AUGACGCCUAUUGUUUGCAGCGUCCAACCUUACAGAGAGUUCACUCCCCGUUUAACUCCCACUCUUCCUGCUGGAUUGACAUAUUCUAUUGAGAAUGGUCCAGGUCUUUUUCGUAAGGUGACUAUAUCGGGAACCCCCAAAGAAGGUUUGAAUCCUCGUUUGUUUUAUGUGGGAUUCAAUGCUUGGGUGAGUGCAAUUGAGAUUGGAGUCUUCAGUACCCCUACUUACUGCAGCUACGGUUUCGAUUCUAUGACUUUGUACACUGAUGUGGACAUGGAGCCCAUCCCUAUUCAGUGCAAUACUGCCAUCGAGACCUUCACGAUUGAGCCUCAGUUGCCCGAGGGUAUGACUAUGGAUCCUGCCACGGGUACCAUUUCGGGUCACCUUACCCAUUACGAUAAUGAGAACAUUGUGUACACUGUGACCGCCACCAACACUGCUACUGGUGUUGCGGGCAGUACCACUACCACUUUCACCUUCCGUGCUCGUUCUCAGGCCGAAAUGACCACUCCUGGUAUGAUUGGUUGCUACUGGAAGACCAUUACGGAGUGCAAGGUCCCCGAUUUUGAUUUCUUUUAUAAGAAUCCUGCUCAGCACUGCCAGACUGUGGGAGACAUCAACUUCUCUGAUAAUGAUGUGGAUAACACUUGGCCUGGUUUGGAUCGUCGGUUUGUGGAUUACUACUCCGCUUAUUUCUAUUCGUAUCUUAACAUUUUGGUCCCGGGUACCUAUCAGUUCCGUCUGUCUUCGGAUGAUGGUGGCAUUCUGUACAUCGAUGAUCUGAACACUCCUCUGAUCACUCGUGAUGGUUGCCAGGCUCGUAGCGAGACGGCUGCCGAGAAGAUGCUGACUGAGGGUCGCCACUUGCUGGUGAUCCGUUAUCUGGAGUACAACUCCUGGUCUUCUCUGUACCUGAAGUACGGAUCCACCGAGCUGGGCUAUGAUCAAGCCAUUAUCUCGUCCUCCGAUCUUCGUGUCGGUGGCCGUGGUCCUACUUUCAUCAGCUACAACUUCGUUGCUGGUUCUGUGGACACGGAUAUGGCUGUGACGCGUCCUGAGCUCAGCUCUGGAACCCCUACUGCGUGGUCCAUCUCUCCCGAGCUGCCUUCGGGUAUUAUUCUCGACCCUGAGACCGGAUACAUCAGCGGACGACCCACUACCACUUCCUCUGCCUACUACACUGUGACUGCUACUGGAGUAAACGGAGCGGCUACUGCGCAGGUGCGUAUUGUGGUGACGAACGCACUGCUGUCGGGUCUGCGUGCCACCUACUACAAUAUCGCCGAUACUCCCGAGAUGUGCGACUAUCCCAUGCUGGCUGGUAACGCCAUUCAGCUGUCUGCGAUCGAUAUCGUGGAGAACAUUUACCACCCCGAGACCUCUGCUGGCGCCGUGUGGUCCGGAUUCCCCAACGACUUCAGCACCUACUUCUACAUGGAGUGGGAGGGUUAUCUGAAGAUGGACACGAUCGGUAACUGGCGUCUGCGUAUCACCUGCGAUGAUGGUUGCAAGCUGAUUGGUGCGGACGAGCAGAUCCUGAUCAACCACUGGGGAUGCCACUACUACCGUGGAAUGGAGACGACCUACCCUGUGUCGAAGAGCGGUUUCUACUACUUCCGUGUGGAGUAUCAGCAGGCCGGCAGCACCAAGGGAAUGACGUUCGAGUGGAAGACUCCCGGCGGCGUGUGGGAGGUUGUGCCUGCCGACAAGAUCUUCUAUGUGCCCACUGGAGUGCUGACCUACAAGUACGAGCGCGCGCACUACUUCAAGAACUCGGCGAUCAUCGAGAACACCCCGAUCACCUUCGGAAUUAGCACGAUCUCUGGCUACAGCUCCUUCCCCGAGCUGCCCGCCGGAAUGUCUCUGAACGCCCAGAACGGUCGCAUCUCCGGAACUCCCACCAAUGUCCAGGUGAUGACCUACUACACCAUCACUGCCGGAUCGGGUUCCAACAAGGAGUCCACCGUGAUUGCGUUCGAUGUGACCGAGCUGGCUGCUCCUACGGGUCUGCAGUACUUGCAGAAUGGCCAGCCCGUGUCCGCCGGAGCUCCCGUUGAGCUGAUCGCCCUGCGUGCCAUCAACGAUUUCACCAUCCAGAACACCGCGAAUGUGGUCGUGAACCGCUACACCGUGAGCCCUGCGCUGCCGAAGGGUCUUACGCUGGACGAGGCGACCGGAAAGAUCUCGGGUACUCCGACUCGCUCGAGCAGCAGCACCGUGUACUCGAUCACUGCUUACAAUGCUGCCGGCUCCUUCUUGAUUCUGCUCAGCCUGUCCGUCUCUGGAUGCAAGGGAAGCGGCUGGACUGGCGAGUUCCUGCAUGUCACGAUGCUGUCCGGAAAUGGUCUGGUGGCUGUGGUCAACUCUGCGGAGCAGGUGCAGAGCUGCUCGCUCAACACCAUGGGUUCGGAUGGUAACGCUGUUUCGGGCACCUGCCAGAUCGGUCUGAACGCCGAGGAAGGAAACGAAGCCACGAUUUGCAUCAACCCUGCGACGGCCUCGUCGCUGAGUGUCAAGGUCACUUGCUACGAGAACGCUGGAUGCCGCUGGCAGAUGAUGCGUGAUGACGGCAACUACUAUCCUUACCGCAAUGCUUACACGGAUGUGGGUUACGCUCCCUACUACGAUACGGCUCCCUAUCCUACCUCCCUGACGCCGCUGAACACGCUGGUGCUCUCUUCCACUACUGUCACUGCUUUCUCUGGCAGCCGCAUGCCUCACGUCACCGUCACUCCGAACGGAUCCUAUCAGUCGAUCACCAUCUCGCCGGCUCUGGGAGACGUGACCAUCGAUCCUACCUACCCGAUUCUCUCUGGAACGGUGAGCGGAACUGGAAGCCAGGUGUUCACGGUGACUGCCACUGGAUCUUCGGGAUCCGCGCAGGCCACGCUUACUGUGAACUUCGGUGAUUGCUCGAUCGCCACCGGACGACGCCAGGUGUCGAUUGUCGUGACCACGCAGGCCUACGCACAGGAGCAGUCCUGGCGCUUGCUGAAGAAUGGCGAGGAGCUGUACAGCUCGGGCACGCUGGAUCAGUACUACAUUUACACGGAGACGUUCUGUCUGGAGCCCGGAAGCUACAUCCUGGAGCUGUCGGACUCCUACGGAGAUGGAUGGACGGAUGACUCGAACCUGGUGGUGUACGACAGCAACUUCAACGCGCUGCUGACCACGACCAUUCCGCACAUAAGCGGUAGCACGGCGUACAAGAAACAGAACACCGAUUUCGUGCUGGAGGCGCAGUUCACUGCCACCGCCUGGAAGUACUUGAUCAACAAGCGUCCCGACACCCGCUGGAACCAGAUCGGAGGCGACAUCUCGGCGUUCACGGAUCUGGAGGACGGAAAUCUGGGCCCGUACUCGCAGAACGGUAUCUACUUCGUCCACAAGUUUGAUCUGACCGAUGGAGAGGCCUAUCCGAUUCUGGAGUUCGGUAUCUACUACAAGGAUGGAGCGAUCGUGUACCUGAACGGAGAGGAGGUCUAUCGUCGCAACAUGAACUCUGGAAGCGUGAACCACAACACGGCUGCUGUGAGCUCGUUCGACGGAUACUUCAUGCGUGUGGGAACGGCUCCCGGCUAUCUGCUGAAGACCGGAGAGAACGUGUUCGCUGUCGAGCUGCACCGCGUCUCCUCUACGCAGGAGAUCGUGUUCAGCGGUUACGUGAGCUACACUGCCGGAGACUGCGUCACUCGCUCUGUGGGAGGAACCAUCACGGAGUCGCAGUUCUACGACAAGGUGGGCGAGACGGCGACGGAGGCUUGGGACUCGGACCCGAACACGCAGUGGACGGAGAACGGUCUUCCUGCCUGGACCGUGUACUCGUUCAACUUCGAUCACGUCGAGUGGGUGAACCGUCUGUCGUUCGGUUCCUCCAAGGACGACGCCAACCGCGAUGCUUCGCAGGUCUCCGUGUUCGGAGGCGAUGACGGCAUUACCUGGAACCAUCUGUUCUCGUACCAGCGUCGUGAGAUGUUCGAGUCGCGCUCGCAGGUGAAGACCUUCAUGAUGAUGGACCACAUGAACUCGUACUCCAAGUUCAAGAUCGAGAUCGGCGACACCAAGGAUAGCGUGGCUCGUGUUUCCGUGUCUACCAUUUCUCUUGAUGCUUGCCGUCUUGUGUACUGCCCGAAGGAAGGAGACUAUCCCGGAACGGCUUCUGGAGAGACGAUCACGAUCGACUGUCCCGAGGGCUAUCUGGGAGAGCGCUACCGCACUUGCAGCAGCGACAAGCUGAAGCCCACUUGGGGCGAGCCCGAUGAGACGGAGUGCCGCUACCGUUAUCCUUCCUCGAAGGGAACCACCUACAUCGACCUGGUGUACGUGUUCUCUCCUCUGAGCUACAUCGACUUCAUGGGCGAGCCCGUGGACAACCUCCGUCUGGUGGUUGCCACCUAUCUGGGCAUCCAGGACAAGUACGUGGAGGUGUGGAAGACGAAGGACGUCACCAUUUCCUUCAAGUCCGAGGAGAUGGACGAGACUGCGAGUAAGACCGCUGCGUGGGUGCACGUGGAGGUGCCUGACGAACAAGCCGCUGAGAAGAACCAGAUGCUGCUUUCCUCCCCCAAUAUUGUUCUCGAGCAGAUGAGAAUCUAUGUCGCCUCUCUGUUCACCCAGAACACGAAGAUCGCUUUCUAUAUGGCCCCUGAAAUGAGUCAGUACCAGGAUAUUGGUAAGGUCAGUGGAUGGGUUAUUUUCUUCAUGAUUGUGGUGGUGCUGAUUGUGGUGGCUGUGAUUGCCUUCUAUGUCUGGUCGAGACUGAAGAACAAGAAGACGAAGAACGGCGCUAAGAAGCUGAAGGCUGCUGGUGCUUCGAAGAAGGGAAAGGAAUCCAAGACGGAUAGUAAGAAGGCUCGUGUAUAAACUGCUGUUUUU